GAUUUGGCAUAAUUUAUCAUAAUUGUUUUCUCGAGGUGUAUCAAUUACUCCGAAAGCCCCAAUCCCCAGAUCAUUCAUAACACUGUAAUUAUGAGUGAAUCGCGACAUUGUACUCGAGAAAAAUCGGAUAGAAUCGACGAGGGUAAAUAAACAAAGAUGUUGACUAGGCAGCCGCCACCUGCUGAGACAGUGUCUCUUGCUGUCGACGCUAUAUCUCUGGGAUUUGUCAUUUCUGAGGAUGGGAGAACACUUUUAGCGGUGACAGGUUCCGAAGAGGGUACCUUGGAGCUAUUGACAACCCCAGUCUCCCUUAUGCACCAGAAUGGGACUGUUCUCUCACCAUCGACAUUGAAGGUCAAUAAUGGGAAUGCAGGAAACUCCCAAUUGUUUCAAAUUAACCUUGAGGGUCUCGUUGGUGGGUCUGGUAUUCAACACGCAGCAUUACUACCACAGAACUGUGAGAAUGCACUUGUGCGGGGAAGUGAGAGAACCUAUGUGAGGGAGCAUGAUAGCCAAAUUAUUGACAUCAUUCCCAGUGAAUCUAGUGAUUUAGGUAAGAGUGUUGCUGAUCUACCUGAGAGACGCAGGAAGGGGCCUGGGAGACCCAAGAAAAAUUCUGAUGCCUCGGCUGUUGCAAAUGAGCUUAAGUGUGAAAUUUGUGGUGAAGAAUUCAAGAGGCAAAUGCUGUACAAAAAACACAUGGAGCAUCACGCUGAGGAGAAACCCCACCGUUGCCCCAAGUGCCCUGCCUCGUUCAACAUACCGUCGAAUUUUACGCUUCACAUGGCGAUGCAUAACACAGGGGAGCCAAAGUGUCCAGAGUGCGGAAGGAAAUUCGCCAGAAUGGCUAGUCUCAAGGCACAUAUUCUCGUCCACGAGAAGGAGGAGAAUUUGUUCUGCACUGAGUGUGAAGAUGCUUUUUCUACAAAGGCACAACUCGAUGCCCACUUGAAGCUUCACAAUGAGAAAUGGUCAUCGGAGGACGUCAGAAAGUGCAAACUCUGCAACAAACAAUUCACUCAACCCGCUCUUUAUCGUCUCCAUAUCCGAGAGCACUACAGGCUGCAGACCAAGAUUAUGAAGCAGACUAAGCGUGGAACUACUCAGAAGACUAUCUACAAGUGUAAAAUAUGUAUGAAGGUGUUUCAAAAACCGUCACAGCUGAUGAGACACAUUCGAGUUCACACUGGGGAAAAACCGUACAAAUGUACCAUCUGUACUCGAGCAUUCUCGCAGAAGAGCUCCCUGCAGAUCCACAUGUGGCGUCACGUGGGUGUGCGUCCAUACCCCUGUCCCCACUGCAGUGCAAAAUUCUCCCAAAAGGGAAACCUAAACGCGCACAUCCUUCGGGUGCACAGCGCCCCCGAAGGUGAGCCCACGUACGCGUGCUCCCAAUGCAGCUGUGUCUUCAAAAAACUGGGCUCCCUGAACGGACACAUGAAGAGGACGCACGCAGUUCCCGCGGAGGAUCCCCCGACCUGCGACAGCUCCACCGAGACGCCCACAUCCAGUAUUAAAUCCCCAGACUCGACGCUGGACCAGUUAUCGAAGAACGACAUUCUCCAGCAGGCGUUAACGAACAGUGGCCUGACCUCCAAGGAGAAGUCCUCCGACACCCCGAAAAGACCGGAAUCCCAGACGUCCUACGUCACCCUGGUGGACCGCACCCCAGACGGCUCCUUCAGGAAAUACGUCACGAUAAAACAAAGGAGAAUAGGCUCCAUCAGGUGGUACUCCUGCUCGUUCUGCCACAAAGAAUUUAAAAAGCCCUCGGACCUGAUUCGUCACCUCAGGGUGCACACCCAGGAGAAGCCCUUCAAGUGCUCCCACUGUCACAGAUCGUUCGCCCUCAAGUCCACGAUGAAGACCCACGAGCGAACGCACUUUGGCACGAAGAAGUACUCGUGCGGCAUCUGCGGAAAAAUGUUCUCCUGCCACAGUAGCUUGACAGCCCACACUAGGACCCACACGAAACCCCACAAAUGCGAUGUCUGUGACAUGACAUUCAGCACGAGUACGGCUUUGAAGAGCCACUUGAAGGGCCACUCGAAGCAGAAGAACAAGUUGUGCCCAGAGGCUGAGAGGCUCGUACCUCAGAUUGUCCUGGAGGAGCCACUGGUCAUCUCCGAUGCGGGCAAUAAGAUCAGUGUGGCACAGGUGCAGAGCAAGCAGAGGCAUGUUUAUGAUGGGGAGGAGGAGGGCAACAGGCCCCACAAGUGCUGGGUCUGUUCUGCUGCCUUCAGGAAGAUCAGCCAUCUCAAGCAGCACUACAGGAGGCACACGGGGGAGAGACCGUACAAAUGUUCCAAAUGCGAAAGGAGGUUCACUUCUAACAGUGUAUUGAAAGCUCAUCUUCACACCCACGAGGCCGCAAAGCCCUUCAGUUGUAACGUCUGUGACGCUUCGUUCUCCACCCAGAGCAGCCAGAAGAGGCACCUGGUGACGCACAGCAAUAAGAGGCCCUUCAUGUGUCCGUACUGUCACAAGACUUUCAAGACGUCGGUGAACUGCAGGAAGCAUAUGAAGAUACACAAGAAUGAGCUCGCACAGCAGCAGCUGGAGAAGCAGAAGAGUGGCCAGGAGGAGGGGAUCAGGGAGGAGCUGACCCUCGGAGGAGAUCUCGUUGAGUUCCAGGGGAAUAUGAAUGCUGAUUUUGAACAGGCAUUUGCCGGGGGACUGGAGGCCAUUGGGGCGAAGGGGGAGGCUGCUGAUGGAAAUUUGCCACCAGUGUCUCAAACCCUUCACGCCGACGAAACGGGCACAAUCACCCUCCCAAAUUACAUCGGAGAACAAACACUAACAGCAGAGAGCAUUCGUGAGAUCGAGGAGACCCUCAAUCAGCAGCUUUUCAACAUCGGCCUGGCCAAUCUCCACCUGCCCCCUCCCCUCCCCCGCCAGAUAACCGACACCACCGACUCCCCCCAGCCCCCAGUAUUGAACAUAAUCUACGACAGCCAAAAAGUCCUGGACCCCCCUCCCCCCACCAUAAACCCAAGUAUAUUUGGAUCACCUCAUUUCGACACAUUUGACAUGAGUCAAAUAACUCUCCAGGCGGACGCGGAAAUUGACAUGGGCAUAAGUUCAGCAAAUUCCACGAGUAUGGCGAGCAUUCUGCCGAGAUCAGCGCAGGAGGAGCAGAGGAUGAUUCCAGUGUCCUGUGGAGCCAUCGACAAUCAGGGGAAGUCUCAUGGGCAGUUGGUGGUGGUGUCGUCCGUGCCCCAGGGGUCAGAGGCCAUUCCUUCGGUUCCAGCGUGCCCCAAGUACCCGAAAAUCAUCGCAAAAGCUGACACGACUGAUACCAGUGGGCUUUUGAAUCUGGACAACGACUCGACUGUUGAUCAAUCGUGUGCUCUUCCUGGGGCCUUUCAGACUGAUUCAGAGGUCAGUCGUCAGGUGGAGAGAGACCUCUCGACCCUCUUCAAUCCACCGGAGGUGCCAAAGCCUCAGGACUCGCUGCUGCAGUGCCACCUCUGCUUGAAGAAGGCGUUCACUGCGGCUGCACUGAAGACUCAUCUGAAGAGCCAUCGGGGCUCCAGGGAGUUUCAGUGCCCUGAGUGCUCGUUGAAAUUCUGCACCAAUGGGGGAUUGACUCGACAUCUUAAAGUACAUAACAAACAGGAGGCGCACAAGUGUCCCACGUGUCUGGAGACACUCCCCAGUGAGGCGCAGCUGAAAUUACACGUGAAAUGUCAUGAGACGAUCUCGUGGGAUCCAGCGACUGAUAUUGAGCCUGAUAGCUCACAGAAGGAACCCGUCAGUGUUGAUCCCGAUUUGUUGACGUUGAAGUCCAGGACUGAUGCAACUGAUUCGUCAGUAUCUGAGAGAGUCCUGAUGGAUUCAGUGGCCGAGCGCAACACAAUUAGACCCCUGAAUGCCGAAGCCGACAAAGAAAAGAAGGAGUACACGAACAAAUGUGAAUACUGUCCCAAGACAUUUCGAAAGCCCAGCGACUUAAUCCGCCACAUAAGGACUCACACUGGCGAGCGUCCUUACCAAUGCACCCACUGUGACAAGAGUUUCGCAGUCAAAUGCACCCUGGACUGUCACAUGAAGGUGCACGAGGGUACCAAGUCCUUCUGCUGUCACGUCUGCAACAGUCUCUUCGCGACGAAGGGAAGCUUGAAGGUCCACAUGAGAUUGCACACUGGCUCGAAGCCCUUCAAGUGUCCAAUCUGCGACCAGAGGUUCAGGACCUCGGGCCACCGAAAGGUCCACAUGGUCACGCACACCAAGAGCACCGGAGAUAACGGCAGCAGACGAAGGGAGAGACAGAAAAAAAAUCAGAAGCCCGAGGCUCCCCAAGAGCCCGAGGUGAACAGUGUGAAGGUCAAUCCUGGAAACGCCUUGGAGCCAGAUUAUCCGAAUAUCGACACCAUCACCAUUGAUGCCACUGGCAUUGGGGAUCAAUUGACGUUCAACCCUGAUGGAACGAUAGUCAAUAACAAUUCAGUUCUGUCUGUCAAUGAGUCCAACCAACUCGUCGCCAAUCUCCAGUUUUUACUCAGCAGUGGUCUCGUCACCAUUCAGACGGACGAAUCUGCACUGCUGCAGUUGAACGAGGGGAGCAUCAAUCAGGAGGAGAAUUUAAUCCCCCAAGACACGAGUUUAAUCAAUCAGGAGGAGAAUUUAAUCCCCCAAGACACGAGUUUAAUCAAUCAGGAGGAGAAUUUAAUCCCCCAAGACACGAGUUUAAUCAAUCAAGAGGGGAAUUUAAUCAGUCAGGAUGCUAAUUUGAUUGGUGAGAACCUAGAGGUCAAUGAGAAUCUCAUGCUGUCGACGCAGUUGGAGAUUCCUGGGGGUCAGGAGUCCCAGCUGCAACUGGACACCUGCAUGGCUCUGGUGGAGAUGCCGGAGGCGACGAUUGAGGCUUCGGAUCAACGGCCGCAGCCCCCAGUGCAGAAGAGCAAAGGGAAGAGCCCCACGAAGAAGGAGUGUGACGUCUGUGGGAAGACUUUUAUGAAGCCCUGUCAGGUGGCGAGACACAAGAGGAUUCACACUGGGGAGAGGCCCUUCAAGUGCCAGCUGUGCACCAAGUCUUUCGCUCAGAAGGUCACGCUGCAGAUGCACCAGAAGCAUCACACUGGGGACAGGCCCUACUCCUGCCCUCACUGCGAUUAUUCUUUCACGCAGAAGGGCAACCUCCGGACCCACCUCAGGAGGGUGCACCAGCUGGACACCGCCGAGGGGAAGAAACUGAGGAGGGGACAGCAGUUGAGUGCUAAAGUCACGCAGGAUGUCGAUAAUCAGAUGAGUGUCAAUAGGCUGCUGAGUUUGGACGAUAUUUCUCUGGUUGAAUUCCUCAAGUGAAGAGGUCGAAGAUCAAAUCGUUUCAUUUUCUCGUGAAAAUGCCGAAGAAUUGUAUAUAAUGUUUAUGGAUUGCCGAUGAAAAUACUGGGAACAGCUAUUUUUGUGGCUAGUUGAGGCUAGGAGAAAGUGCCAAUAGUAGGUGUAAUCAAUUAAUUUAAUGGAAUUGUGAUAAUGUUUUUUAUACUGCAUUAUGUAUUCGCUUUUGUAAUCGGUGGAAAAAUUUGUGUUCAUAUUUCCAAUUAUUUUGUAAAAAUCAUUGUCCUCUUGUACAAAUAAAUCUUCGAUUCUGCAAUUCGAAAUUGAUGGAAUUGAUUUUUGAUAAUAAUCAACGUAAUUUAUUACUAAUUAAUUACAACUUUUGGGGAGUGCUUGAAGUUGCAGGUUUCAUCGGGGAGGGGACACCCAUCAGGAUGAUUAUCGAAGAACCAACAGGGCUUGACUCUCAAUACAAUUUUCGAUCUUCCUGAUUUUUUUCUUUUGGAAUUUGAGGGAGAGCCUGGAAUUCUGAACUGAACAGAAUCGUUUGUCCACACUCGUUUUUCAGUUGCUUGAGGCUCUCUGGGAAGACUAAUCUCACUGUUUCGUUCAGAUGGCACAUCCUAGAAUGCCAAUAGUAGGGGCAAUCCAUUAAUUUAAUGGAAUUGUGAUAAUGUUUUUUAUACUGCAUUAUGUAUUCGCUUUUGUAAUCGGUGGAAAAAUUUGUGUUCAUAUUUCCAAUUAUUUUGUAAAAAUCAUUGUCCUCUUGUACAAAUAAAUCUUCGAUUCUGCAAUUCGAAAUUGA